GAUACUGGCAUGCUGAUUUUCCAUCCUUGGAGAUCAUCUGUUACAAUGCCGCUUAUCUUCUUCUGCUGAAGCGAACACAUGCCGCCUGCACGGUAUUUUGGUAAGGAAUUUUCUCUUUUUCUCUAUCUAUUUUCUCAUUUACUUAUUUGAGUAGCAAAUAGUAUCAAGAAUAACAGAAUUGAAUUUUUUCCAUGAUUGAGAGAUAUAUCUGAUUUUGUGAGUCUGCAUCUUAUAGAUACUAAGAUAUCUCAAGAAUGGCAUGCUUAUAAAUUAGUGCAGAUUUUGUCUCGAGCUUAAAAUUUUAGAGUGUUUUGGGAGAUUUGUCUUUUGUGACGCUUGAUUCUCUCAAGAGGCUCACGACUAUUUGGAGUGGGAAAAUUGCUUUUUGCGAUCAAAAGGUAAGUCCGCGAUGUUGUUGCUUGAUUUGGUUUUGUAGAAAUAAGAAAGAAUCAAUAUGAUUGCCUGCCAAAUAUGAAGCGAGUAAGUAAGUAACGUGCUUUGAUCUAUAGUUUGGGUUGUCGUGUUAACCUCGUGCCUGCAGAUAUAUAGGCAAAAACGAGGAGAUGUUGAAGGCUAACAAUGAUGUCUUCCAGUUUUAAGUUACUCACUCUUUGUCUCAUUGUUCUCUCUGUUGCCAUUCUCGUAACUAACAAUCUAUAUUUCACCAUCAACUACACCAAGCAGCUGCAAGAUGAGUUUCACAGCGCAAACACCUAUCUCAAGAGGUUGAGAAGCACAGACUGGCUCGAGGUUGUCUCACAAGACAUCAUCAACAGAAGAGUCGAGAUGGGAGUGGUGGAUGUGGAUCAGAUUAGGGAUGAGACUCCCCAACGUGCAAAGAAUAUCGUCACCCCUUACCUUAAACGAAAGAGAAAUCCCAUUUGGUUCGACGUUGUGGCAAGGGAGUUCAAAGAUGAAAUGAUCAAUAUAGGAUUGGUGCACGUGGACGCAGCGCUGGAUGGAAUUCAAACGAAGGCGAAGAUGGUGAAAGUGCAUUUUGACCAUGCGGGGGAAGGACUCCGUUGGUCUGACUUGUCUCCAGAGCUUGUAGAUGAGAACUCGACUUGCCCUGGCAUCCCAAUGCCGAGAUUUGAAGAUUAUCGGGAGCUGGACGUGGUCGUUGCCAGGAUUCCUCAUCCGACAGGAUAUGAACUUGAUGGGUUGAAGGAUGUUUCGAGGCUGCAAGUGAACUUGGUGGUGGCCAACUUACUGGUACGGAGCCGGAGGAAGGGCAACGGGCCGUUGUUGGCUGUGUUUGUCGAAUCGUUGAAUCCGAUGUGGGAGAUUUUCAGGUGUGAUGACCUUUUGUGGAAUGAAGACAACACUUGGAUUUACAAACCUGAGAUGACAAGAAUCAAUAAACUGGUACUCAUGCCGGUUGGGCCGUGCCAAUUUGUCGCUCCACCUUCCGAUUUUGGCGAUUUCGAUCGAGAACGACGGGGAAGGCGAACGUAUGACGACCAACUCCCUCAGCCAAGAGAGGCGUACGUGACGAUCCUACACACCUCGGAAGAUUAUGUGUGUGGCGCGAUCGUCUUGGCUCAGAGCCUCGUACAGACUAACACAACGAAAGAUCUCAUCCUUCUUGCCGACGACAACAUAUCUACGGAAUCCAUCGAGGCCCUCCGAGCAGCGGGAUGGAAAACACACCGAAUUGAGCGCGUACGGAGCCCAUAUUCAAGAAAAGACGCCUACAACGAGUGGAACUACAGCAAGCUCCGGAUAUGGCAGCUCAAGCUGUACGACAAGCUGAUGUUCAUCGAUGCGGAUCUUAUCGUCAUCAACAACAUCGAUAGGUUCUUCGUGUACCCGCAGCUCUCGGCUGUCGGGAACUACCAGAAGCACCUCUUCAACUCAGGGCUGAUGGUGGUGGAGCCGUCCCAAUGCACGUUCGACACCCUCAUGGAGAAGAUGAAGGUGGUGGAGUCGUACAACGGCGGCGACCAGGGCUUCCUGAACGAGAUGUUCGCGUGGUGGCACCGCCUCCCGCACGAGCUGAACUUCAUGAAGGUCUUCGUGGAUAGAGAGGAUCGCGUGCAUUUGAUAGACAAGGGCGUGAACGUCGUGCACUACACCGGCCUGAAGCCGUGGAAGUGUCCGCGGGUGGAGCACGACUGUAACUGGGACAUGCCGGAAUUUCACCGGUAUGCGAGUAACUCUGCCCACAGAAUGUGGUGGCGCAUUUACCGAACAAUGCCGGAGAAACUGAGGCCUUAUUGCUCGAGGAAUACAUACACAGCCAAGAGUCCUACUUCUGCGGUGGCUAUGAAGUUGUGAAGGAGUAGAGUUUCUUGAAAUUCAUGUUAGAGAGUUUCCCGAUGGGUUUUUGCUCGAAUAGGUUUUACGAAGCUUGGCUCUUGAUAUUAAGGUAUCCCUUGUUAAACAUUUGUUUUUUCAGGGUUUUUUUUUUUGAAUUGGUUUGAUAUCGUUAUUUAUUGAAGAAGUUCAUGUUAGAUAUGCGGAAACUUUUGUUUUGGCACCA